CGGCGGCUAAGGCGGUGGCUGAGGGGUCUCAGGCGUCGGCGGGGGCGGCUCCGCGCGCGGUGGGCUCGGGGCUUUGUCCCCAGGCUCUAGUCUUGGCUGGCUGACCUUGGGUCAGAGAAACAUGGCAGCAAGGCGAAUUGCACAGGAGACUUUUGAUGCUGUAUUACAAGAAAAAGCUAACCGGUAUCACAUGGACCCCAGUGGUGAAGCUGUAGGUGAAGCUCUGCAAUUUAAAGCUCAAGAUCUUAUAAGGACACUCCCAAGAGUCAGAGCAGAUAUGUAUGAUGACAUUCACAGUGACAGCAGAUACACUCUGGGAGGAUCUGUAGCUCACUCUCGAGAUGCUGGGAGAGAAGGCCUGAGAAGUGAUGUGUUUCCAGGACCCUCCUUCAGAUCAAGCAACCCUUCUAUAAGCGAAGACAACUACUAUCGCAAAGAAUGUGGCCGGGAUCUGGAAUUUUCCCACCCUGAUUCCCGAGACCAGGUCUUUGGCCACCGGAAAUUGGGAUAUUUCCGUUCUCCAGACUGGAAAUUUACACUUCGUGGCUCUUGGGAACAAGACUUUGGCCACCCACUUUCUCAAGAAUUGUCUUGGUCACAAGAGUGUAAUUUUGGUCCUUCUUCACUAUUGGGAGACUUUGGGUCUUCCCGGCUGAUUGAGAAAGAGUGUUUGGAGAAAGAGAGUCGGGAUUAUGAUGUGGACCGUCCAGGAGAGGCAGACUCUGUGCUUAGGGGCAGCAGUCAAGUUCAGGGCAGAGGCCGAGGUCUAAACAUCGUUGAUCAGGAAGGUGCUCUCCUAGGAAAGGGGGAGUCUCAGGGCCUGCUCACACCUAAAGCGGGGCUCGGGAAACUUGUCACACUGAGAAAUGUGAGCACAAAAAAAAUACCCACUGUAAAUCGUAUUACACCCAAAACUCAGGGCACUAACCAAAUCCAGAAAACCACCCCAAGUUCUGAUGUGACCCUAGGGACAAACCCAGGAACGGAAGAUAUCCAAUUUCCUACUCAGAAGAUCCCUCUGGGUCUCAAUCUGAAGGAUGUUCGGCUCCCAAGAAGAAAAAUGAGCUUUGACCUCAUAGAUAAGUCUGAUGUUUUUUCAAGAUUUGGGAUAGAAAUAAUUAAAUGGGCAGGAUUCCACACCAUAAAAGACGAUGUUAAAUUUUCCCAGCUUUUCCAAACUCUCUUUGAACUUGAAACUGAAACUUGUGCUAAAAUGCUUGCCUCAUUUAAAUGCUCCUUAAAACCAGAGCACAGAGAUUUUUGCUUUUUUACUAUCAAAUUUUUAAAGCACUCUGCUUUGAAAACACCUAGAGUCGAUAAUGAGUUUUUAAACAUGCUUUUAGACAAAGGUGCUGUGAAGACCAAAAAUUGCUUUUUUGAAAUCAUAAAGCCCUUUGACAAGUACAUAAUGAGGCUUCAAGACCGACUUCUAAAGAGUGUCACACCCCUACUCAUGGCUUGCAAUGCCUACGAAUUGAGUAUCAAAAUGAAGACCCUCAGUAACCCCCUGGACUUGGCUGUUGCCCUGGAAACCACCAAUUCUCUGUGCCGGAAAUCUUUGGCUCUUUUGGGACAGACAUUCUCCUUAGCCUCUUCUUUCCGGCAAGAGAAAAUCUUAGAAGCCGUUGGCCUCCAAGAUAUAGCUCCCUCUCCUGCUGCAUUUCCAAACUUUGAGGACUCCACUCUGUUUGGGAGAGAGUACAUAGAUCACCUGAAGGCCUGGCUGGUCAGCAGUGGGUGUCCACUUCAGGUCAAGAAAGCCGAAACUGAGCCAACUCAAGAUGAGAAAACGGUUUCUCCUAGCCAACCUGAAAUUCAGGCCAAGGCUCUGAGUGGUCUGAGUGAUGCCAUCCCCCAGCGAGCAGAUCAUAAGAUGGUGGACACCAUCGACCAGCUGGUCACUCGUGUCAUUGGAGGCAGCCUGUCUCCUAAAGAGAGAGCUCAUCUCAAGGAGGACCCUGCUUACUGGUUUUUGUCUGAUGACAGUAGUCUGGAGUAUAAAUAUUACAAGCUGAAAUUGGCAGAAGCACAGCAGAUAAGCCAGACCUUGCCAGGAAUGGGUCAGAAGCCAAUGGCAGCAGAAUGUGCAGUUCGGGCUAUGCUGUAUGCCCGGGCAGUCCAGAGCCUCAAGAAGAGGCUCCUUCCAGGGCGGCGGCGGAAGCGACUCCAAGCUCAAGGUCUCCAAGGGUGGAAGAUGAGAAGAGCAACCACUGGGACCCAGACCCUCCUCUCCUCGGGCACCAGGGUGAAACACCACACUCGGCAAGCUCCAGGCUCCUCACAGGGAAAGCGGCCCCAGCCAGAUGCAAAUGAUGCUGCCAAGGACUGCCUGCCAGACCCAGCUGGGCCCUCUCCUCAGGACCUCAGCUCAGAAGCUACAGGCCCAUCUCCCAAGCCAACAGAAGUGGAUGUAUCCGAAGCCCCUCAGAGCUCCUCUCCCUGCCUGUCUGCUGAUGUUGACACAAAGACCAUGGAGACUGCAGAGAAACUGGCCAAAUUUGUUGCUCAGGUGGGACCAGAGAUUGAACAAUUCAGCAUAGAAAACAGCAUUGACAACCCUGACCUGUGGUUUCUACAUGACCAAAAUAGCUCAGCUUUCAAAUUCUAUCGAAAGAAGGUAUUUGAACUGUGCCCAUCGAUUUGUUUCACAUCAUCUCCAUUGAACCUGCAUGCUGGUGAAAGUUCCCUAGAACCCAUGGAAGAGGAAGGAGAGUUUGCAGAUGAGCCUCCUCAGCAGGAGGUUGAGCUGGAGAGUCUAGAAGUGAUGCCUGAGGAGGAGGAGGAAGAGGAAGAUGAGGAAGAGGAGGAGGGGGGCGAGGAGGCCCCCACUCCUGAAGGGUCCUCCAGGGCUAUAGGAGAGGCUGCCAAGUCUGAGGGCUCUGAGGGCAGCCCCCCCACCGAUGGCCUUCCAAGCGAGGCAGCCGAGGAUGGCUCAGCUGGUACAUCUGCCCUAUCACAGUCCUCUUCGGGGGCCUGCUUUCCUCGGAAGAGAGUCAGCAGCAAGUCAUUGAAAGUUGGCAUGAUUCCAGCUCCCAAGAGGCUGUGUCUCAUUCAAGAGCCCAAAGUUCACGAACCAGUUCGCAUCGCCUAUGACAGGCCUCGGGGUCGUCCUGUGUCCAAAAAGAAGAAACCCAAGGACUUUGACUUUGCCCAGCAAAAGCUGACCGACAAGAACCUGGGGUUCCAGAUGCUACAGAAGAUGGGCUGGAAGGAAGGCCAUGGCCUGGGCUCCUGUGGAAAGGGCAUCAGGGAGCCUGUUGGCAUGGGAACGGCCUCGGAAGGGGAGGGGUUGGGUGCCGAAGGGCAGGAGCACAAGGAAGACACGUUUGAAGUCUUCCGUCAGAGGAUGAUGCAGAUGUACAGACACAAACGGGCCAACAAAUAGGUAUGUGUGGGGUCUGGCACGUUGGACAUCCUGCCUAAGCUGGCAUUUUGAUAUGCAGCUAUGGUUCCUCCAGAAAAGUUGGUGUUCCCCAUUCCCCCAAACCAGGCAUAAAAAUACCACACACACACACACACACACAAAUCAAAUUAUUUGAGGGAAACAAAAGAAGUCUUUGGAUGCAGAUGUUGUCCCCCCUCUCAACUUCCAGGUUUGGCUAAAGGAGUGGGUGUGUGAUGUGGGCCUUAAUGCCAUAUCACCUACGCCAAGCACAGCUGCAUGUGGCCUGCUUGCAGUUCCUCUGUGCAGGGCUCCAGGCUGCCUCAGGAGUGGUCUCAUAUCCCCCAAGUGUAAGGGCAACCUGGAAGCUGGCCACAGAGGGUGGUCACUCUGUUUCCCUCUUUGAGGUUCUUCAGAUCCUUUUCCCCCUGAAGGGUCUUGGCCUUAUGAAUCACUUCAUCUUUCUCCUUUCUUUUGCCCCUCCCUACCCAUAAUUUCCAAAUAGUUUUGAACAAAAUCGUUCUCUCCUUGAAUAGAUGAAAACCAUUGGUGAGAAAGAUAAGCCUUGAAGCAGCAAUCACUCUAAAAACGCCACCUCUGCCCCGGAUCCACCCUGGAGUCAGAGCCCAAGUCGGUUCGGUGUGUACGUGAAAAACAAAUGUCUGCAGUUUCUAGUGCGGAGGUUCUGCUGUCUUUUCUUUUUCUUAAAGAAAAAAGAAUGCACCAUUUCCAGUCUGCUUUUACCUUUCCUCUUCUUCCAAAUGCUUUGGGCAGUGUGUCCCCUCCGAAUCUUUCCUGGUUCCCUCAGAAGUAGUGCUGCCUUGGCAGCACCAGCACCUUUAGUGCCUAGGAACCAGCUCCUGUUGGCUUUCCCAUCCAGGGCACGUUGCUCUCCAGAAGUGCUCUGUUAGCAGACUUGAUGCUAAAAUGAUUACUGAUUGUGUCUUCUCUUUGCUUCUAGAAUUUAAACGGGAUAUAAUCUGUACUCUGGCAGCACAAGCUGUCAAUGAGAGCACUGAAGCUCUGAACAAGUGGAGAUACUUCUUUCUGAGAAUAUUAUUUAUGGAGUCUCAUUUCUUAAAUGCAUCCCAAGAGGCUUAACAACAUUUAGCAACAGUAUAAUAUAGCUGUAUUCAGUGGGGAGUGGUCACUGAUGAAACGUUCCCUGAAUUUAUACUUCUCUUUAGAAUCCACAAAGAAAGCUAUAGUUUGGUUUUUCUUUUUAAACCACAUAUGGAGUCUCCUGGAAAGGCAUAGGGAUAAAUUCUUCAAGACUCUUUAUUUUUUGCCUGUGUGGCAGUGGAGAGAAUUGUUUUGUUAGGGCCCUUUCACAGAACAGAAAGCAACCUCUUAGGGUGGGCUCCACAGCUGUUUGCUAUUUCAAGGCCUAUGAUUGCCCGCCUCCCCCUCACCCCCUUAUAGCUUCUCCCAGCACUUUUCAACUACGUGGUAAAUUCUCAGGCUGUGGAAAUUUCAACCCUUCUUCCUAAGACAGCAGUGUUGAAGCUUUAAAUAUGUUAAAAUGUGGACAAUUUGGUCAUACUAAUACUGCAAACUUGAGGAACACAGCAGUGAGUUACCUUGCUGGUUGCUUUUAUUGGCUGUUAAGAAAUCCUUGCUUUCUCAGAGCAAAGACCCAGCUAUAGUGCUGCCCCUCUGGUCUGUCUUGUCUGUCCUGCUAUUCACUGUGACAUCUCACCUGCCUGGUGCCAUCUCUCUUCAUGUCAAGUGUAGCCCUCAGAUAUCUCUGUCUGCUUCUGAUCAUUUCUAUUGCCAUAGCAUCUGGCAGAUCUUUAUGGCCAUGGCAACACUGUAGCAGUCUUUCAGCAAGUGAACCAGCCUGCAAGCAUGGUGUGUCUGGGAGACCCACACCUGUGGAAGUCCAUCUUCUGUUCCUCUCUUCCUAAUCCUUCCAUCAGCCUCCCGUGUUGGCUGUGGUUUGGACCACAAGGUGGAACUCUGAGAACAGGGCCUUGGUUGCUCAUGGCCUUUCACAGAGUACUUGUUGGCCUAAGUGAGACAUGCACCCCCCACACAUUUUCUCCCUUCCUCUUUUAGCAUAGCUCUGACCGUCAUUUCCACUCUGUCCUAGUGUGCUUAUUCUUGGCUUUCUCUGCUUUAAUUCACAAAUAAAAUGCUUCAGGAAUUCCUGGGAUGUGAGCCCUAUCCCCAUAGCCUCCUGGCACUCCUCCUGCUAGGGACAUCCCACUUUGAGCUGUCACUGUUUGUGAGACUUUAGCAAAUAUUAAAGGAAACACCUAUUUCUUGAGCCUGUUUAGUCCUCUGAGCACUUAAGUGACAUUUCUGUGGAGUCAACAAUUGAGGUGUUGCGGGCACCAGGGUGGAGCACAGUGGCGUGUCCUGUGCCAGCUGCUGGCGGAGGACAAGUGCAUGCUGGCCCUCUGUGUCGCCUUGCUCUCUCAACAAAGGCCGCUUACUCUACUGAGAACUUGAAAGUGUGUAUGUGAGUGUGUGGCCUUGUCAAAGUCACAGCAUUUUUUCUGUCAUUCUAGUUCCAGGGUCUCUCCCGUGAGGACGACAGGCAUCCGGAAAGUGCUAACUCGCCACUUUGGGUGCUUAAUGUCUUUGGCUUGUUUCCAUCACUGGAAAUCAGAUAGAGAAUUUUAGUGUUUUUGGUCCUUCAUAAAACCUAGAAGACAUUUGUGAUGUUACAAAAUGGAAAUUCUUUGUUUUUCUUUUUUUUUAAUCUAAGAAGUUGUGAAUGUUAAUCAUUUAGCAGUUGCAAUAAAUGUAGAGGAACCCAA